AUGUCUGCCGAAGUUGCCCAAAAGGUUACAGCCAAGAAUGAUAAUAUUCCAAGCCAAACAUUAGUUACUUCGAGCAUAGUUGUCCCUGCCUCUUCCACGGCAAGACGGUCCUCUCGCUACGAUGAAGAUAACCACCUAAAACGGCGGGCGAGCGAAGACGAGGAUGCUAACAGAGAUCCAGAGGAGAACAAACGACCACGAUUAGAUAUGAAUAAUACAGAAUUAAAGAAACGGAGCCAGAGGAUGUUUGGCUUGAUGAUGGGCACCCUAACUAAAUUUAAAAACGACAUCCAAAAUAAAACCGAGGCUCGCGAAUGUUGGUCUAAACAAAAGAAAAAUCUUGCCAAUUUUCUUUGCACUAAAACAUCCCCUCCACUCUACUAUCUCCCAGCUAAAUUAUCCAGCACGUCGCUUGAAACGAUCGCAGAACAGAAGCGUCAAUUGGCUCUUGCCUCUUCUGCUUCGGCACAAGUGGAUGAUAAUAACGUGUCGGAAGAGAAAGAAGCUCACACUAUGGAUGUAGAAAUGGAAGAUACU